CACAGACAGUGAGAGACAGCAGACACAGCUAUGGAGAGGUGGAGAGCGGUCUGAUUUCUUUGUUAUUUUUAAAGUGUCGCCGCUCGGAACUAUGUCGCUGUGCGCCUUGACUCGUGCGUCUUCAAGGCAUCAAGGAUAUUCCCACGGGUCCGUCUUUGCUGUGGCCUAAGUGGUGGAGAGGAGCAUAUCUUUGUGCUUAGGUGGAGCCGUGGGGACGUGGGUGUUGGAUGCUGUGACUAUGAGCAUCAUCCCCUCCUUCUCAGUGGACCUCGGAGGCAGCUUCACUGAGGACGCCCCCAGACCCCCCGUCCCAGGAGAGGAGGGGGAACUGGUGUGGAGCGAUGGCCGACAGCAGAGCAGCCCUGUUUUCUCCUCCAAAAAUGAAAGCCUUAAAUGCGACGCAUCAGUGGCCACUCCCCGUCGCCCGGACCUUGAUUUGGGCUACGAACCGGAGGGCAGUGCCUCACCAACGCCACCUUACCUGAAGUGGGCGGAGUCAUUGCACUCCCUCUUGGACGACGAAGACGGGAUCAAUUUGUUUCGAAUGUUUCUGAGGCAGGAGGAGUGUGCCGACAUGUUGGAUUUCUGGUUCGCGUGCAGCGGCUUCCGUAAACUUGAAACCAGCGAGGAUUAUGAAGAAAAGAAAGUUAAAACAGCAAAAGUAAUUUAUAAGAAGUACAUAUUAGACAACAACGGGAUAGUCUCCAGGCAGAUUAAACCAGCCACUAAGUCAUUUAUUAAAGACUGCGUUCUGAAGCAUCAUAUUGACCCUGCCAUGUUUGACCAAGCGCAAACAGAGAUCCAAGCUAUGAUCGAAGAGAACACAUAUCCCUUAUUCCUCAAAUCGGACUUAUACUUAGAGUACACACGAACUGGCGGAGAAAGUCCAAAGCCAACCAGCGACCAAAACUCACUAAUAGACGUGAUAGAGACGCCGCACGCCGCCAGACUGCAGGAUGGAAAGGAGAGCAGGCCUCCCCCAUCAUGUCCAGAGCCAGUGAACCUGUGCUAUGUGAACCCUGCUCAGGCUCCUGUCACCAGCGCCAACGACAGCGAGCAGCAGAGUCUGUCCAGUGACGCAGACACUCUCUCACUCACCGACAGUAGUCUAGAUGGAGUCCCGCCCUACAGAUACAGAAAACAGCACCGACGAGAGAUUGUGGAUAGCGUCAAAGCCAAUGGUCGCGUGCCACUACCUCACAUCCCACGGCCAAAUCGGAUUCUUAAGGAUAUCCACGUGGAUCCGGAGCGGUUUGCAGCAGAGCUCAUCAGCAAACUGGAGGGAGUUCUGAAGGAGAGAGAGGCAGAGGAGAGACUGGGCGAGUGGCUCCAGAGAGUUGGAUUGGAGGAAGAUGAAGCAAACCCUAUCUCUUCCGUACCUGGUUAUCGGCCUCCCCCUGGUGGUCACUUACAUAGUUACAACCCCCGCUGUGCAGACAUCUACAGCAGUCCUUUCUUGAGAGACGCUCACGAGGAGAACCCAGAGUCGAUCCUGGAUGACCAUGUGCAGCGCGUUAUGAAGAGCCCCGGGGGACCGUCUCCCGGCAACAGGCACUCGCCCACAUCCUGCUCCCCAGAUGCCCUCCCCUUAUCAGGCCGACACACGAGCUUAGCUGGGUGCGCUGUGCAGGGUAAACACGCACAGAGACACACAGGGAAGCACCACCUCCAUCAUGGCUCCAGUGGGAAGCCUCGGGAGCAGCUGGAGGCGGAGGCCAGAGUGCACCUCCACUGGCGCGCGGACGGUCAUUAUGGAUCCAAACCUCGCACUUUUACAGACAGUAUGGGAUUCAGCACUAACCAAGAGAACACAGGCUACAGUAGCAGAGGAGGCCCAUGUAAAAGAGGUUGUAAGAGAAGUGAGGAGGUGCGUCCCUACGACACUACAGGUCUGAUGGAGGACGUGGAGAAGAACCAGAAGAUCCUGCUGUGGUUAAUGGACGGACAGAAAGAGGUGGUGCGACACAAGAAGAGUCCGUACGGGAGCAUGACAGGUAGUAAAAAGGCCACGGGACAUGAGGGACUGCAUGUGUGCUCAAAGGACCGCUCCAGCUCAGGACACCCAACCAGAAACAACAUCCAGCCGUCCCACCCGUUCAUCCAGGACCCCACCAUGCCCCCCAACCCCGCACCCAACCCCCUCACCCAGUUGGAGGAAGUGUGUCGGCGACUCGAGGAGGAGAACAUCAAGUGUGGAGCAGUGCAGCCCAAGCAGAGGUAUGUGAUGGAGGUGAUCCAAAGGGGGCGCUCUGCAGUCAGGCCGACACAGUGUCCACCUGUGAGUGUGGUACCAGCCGUUUCAGACAACGAGCUUUCUGACUCUGAACAUAGAGUCAGUAAGAAGCAGCCGGGGGAUAAAAUGACAGUGGCGUAUUACUUGUGCGAGGAGCCCAUCCCAUACACGACGAGUGUGGAGAGAGGGCGGGUCGUGACACUUGGACAGUUCAAGGAGCUGCUCACAAAGAAAGGAAACUACAGGUACUAUUUCAAGAAGGUCAGUGAUGAGUUCGACUGUGGAGUGGUGUUUGAAGAGGUGCGUGAAGAUGACGCGGUUUUGCCCAUUUAUGAAGAAAAGAUCAUUGGGAAAGUGGAGAAGAUUUACUCGAGUGCAAGUUGAUAAGAGGACGACUGUGUGUGGGAACAGUGGGAAACAGGAAGUGCUGAGAUGAAGCAGCAGGUGAAGAAACGGCUCUGCAUUAAAAGACCUGACUUUUUAUCUAAGUGCAAAAGAAUUGUACAGUUUAGUAGUCAAACUAAAAGAGCUGCAUAUUUUUAUAUGAGGCACCAGGGGGUGUUGUUUCUAAGAAUCUGUUUGUAUGUGUAUUGUUACCAGAUGUGUACAGAUUGUGUUAAAAGAAGCAAAUUUUAUAUCUAUUUAAGUAUUUUAAUGUUAUGUUUUUUAUUAUUAUUGUUUUAAAGCAGGAUUGUUGCCCUUGUUGAGGAUGAGCUCUAGGGCUGUUUAUGUCUAUCUAGUUUCCUAACAGCCUCAUGAACCCAACUGUAGCUUUCAAAACUACAUUUACCACUACUUAUGUUGUGGCAUUUGGCCAACUGCACUUACUUCAUAAACCACUCAUACCUUUUGUUUUUGUUUUUGCUAUAUGACUGUCUAGUUAUAGAUAAGCCAAUAUAUCUGUUGGCCAAUAUACUGAACCGAUAUUUUCACCUUUUAGGAUGUCAGGUAUUGGUCUUAAACCUCCAGCAGAGGCUGAUGUUUUGUUUGGGGAAACCACCAGACUAAAUGCAACAUAAUAAGGUUUGUUUGAUCAGCCUUAGCUUCAGUCUGACAGAAUGGGGUACUGCAUUGAAUGUGGAAUACAUCAGCAUUGUUCUUAUCAUAUAAUUUUGAAAAAAAAUUAUCCCUAUUUAAAUAUCGACAGGGUUUAUCAACCAUUGGCUUCCCUGAAUACUAAAAAUAGAUAUUGGCUUCAGCAAUAAAAAAAAUAUCGAUCUAGUGUAAAGUCCAAGUAUCACUUUAUGUUACAAAUUAAUUGACAUCAAUAUUCCCACUUUACUGUAAUUGCAUCUUUCAUCCUUAAAUUAUAUAUAAUGACAAAUAUUCUUUAAAUUUGGUCACAUGUACAUUUUCUGGUGUAAAUUUAAAUUUUGUUGUCUCAUUUAACAUUUUGCCUUUAGCACUAAGAAACACUGACAUGCUAAUACUUGAAGAGAAGUGCCCGAUUGCUUAGCUUCCACAUCUGUGAGAUGUAAUGAGGGCUUUACUGAAAUGUGACAAUCAUGUUUACAGUUCAUUCAAGUGUAUUACCUGGCCCUUAAGUAUCUAUUGUUCAUAUAGUGUAACAGCCUCUGUAUCUUAUCUCUGUGUGGGCCCUCCUCACUGUAUCACUGAGUAGUCUGUAGUGCUUUGUGUCUUCUAUGCGCAGACUGCAUAAAAACUGUCAAAAGUAAUGUAUUCAGAGUUUCUGAUAAACAAAUAUAAUGUUAAUCUGGUCAUAUUGAACAUAUUUGGGGGCAAAGGUUCAUGGGACCACAGUGCACCAUCUUGAUUUGUUUUUGUUGUUUUGUUAUGUUGUUGUUGUUGUUGUUGUUUUUGAUACACAGAUAUGAUUGAUCAGUCGUUAGGAAAAUUAUCAGUUAGAAAUUGCCAUGAACAUGUGAGACCAGAGGCUUCUGUAUAGAAUAUACUAAGAACUCGCAUCACUAUGUCCAGCUAGUGGAUCUAGGAGGUGAUCAGUUACCAAAGAUAUGAAAGCACUCUGUACAAUUUGGAGGAAUAUCAUUUUGUUUCUAACAUUAAUAAGCAAUCAGAAGAUGCAUUUUGUGCAAAGAGAUGAAAUGGGAACAUAGCUAAACCAGGACAUAUCAAAUUUUAACCAGGGCUAAAUCACAAAUUUACCAAACUGAGUGUGCUGUUAGCAUCAUGAUUUUGGCAGUGUAAAUCUUGUCCUCAAUACCAUUACAUUAUGAUUUUGUGUGCUCAGAUUGCAUAUAUAAUUACAUACAUUUUCCUUUUAUUAUGCAGGUUGUUGCUUAAUGUGAAAUGCCUAAAAUGAGUAGAUUUUUCAUUUUGUGAGGCAGAAAAAGCUCAGUAAUGCACUUAUGAAAUGAUAGAAUGCUGUGUUUCAUCAUUCAACACAUACUGACUUACCUUUGAUCCACUUAAAGUCGAUAGCCCAUACUGAAAACUUUCAAGGCUACUCUGUCUCUGUGGGCACUUCGAGCUUCAACAGCCCUCAGUGAUAAAUUGCCUGAUGCACAACUGGACCUUGGACUUUUUCUAUGGACCCUUCCUUCAGACUGAGCACCUUCUUAAAGAUAUAUUUAUUUGUGUCAUUUAUUGAUUACGUUGUUGUCUAUAAAUUUAAUAUAUUGUAAUUUUGCUUUAUUUAUGCGGGAUUAUUGUUGAAGCAAAGUACUUAUCUUGUCAAAUAUGAAUGUUUUGCAUCAUUAUUUCAGCAAAAACCCUCAAUUGUUUAAGGUUAUGUUGUGUAUAAACAAGAGUGCCUUUAUUAUUGUGUUCAUGACAUUUUGAACAUGUUAACAAAGUCUAGCCUUACAUCGCUACUCUGUUUUUACGUUUUUUGUUUAAAGCUCUUCCGUGUUUUAUGUAAAUAUGUAAAACUUGAAUUGUCAUCAACCAGCACAUUCAAACUGGACCUGAUUCAGCCGACAGACUAGCAUGGCUACCAUCGCAAGGUACUGGACAAUAAAUAC